UGUGUGGGCUCCCGCUCGCCAUGCAUCGGGCGCGAUCACGGCUCGCUCUGCCGUCUCGCUGGGCUCCCGCACAUGAUGCGGGCGGCAAUAUUUCCGCAAAUUACACCGUCCUCCUUUAGAUUCAGCUCACAACUGCCUUCCGUAGUGGAACCGCAGGGCAGAGCCCGCCGUGUCGAGAAAUCACACCGAAGAGGGGCAGGAGGCUGGCGGCGCCCACUGCCGCUCCCCUUGCCGGUCCCCCCACUCGCCCAGGCAGCCGGCUCUGGCUUUGCCUCCUUGACGUCAUGUCUGUAGCAAGGCUUCAGCAGGCGCAGUGAAGGCAGGCAGCGUGUUAAACUUUCAGAUCAAGUCAGCCGGCUCCCAGCGCUGCGCGCGGGGGGCUGCGUGCUGCCGCCGCAGCUGGAACAUCUGGAAGUGUUCAGGGUGUCUGUCUGUCUGCGAGAGGCAGAGAGAAGGGAGUGAGUGUGCUGAGGGAGGGGAGGGAGUAAGGGGCUGGGACUGUGCUCUCUCUUCCUCUGCAGAAACAGCUCCCUGCCAACACAACGCGCUCAGAAUGGCUUUGAAGAGGAGGAGCAGCAGCGUUUGAACAUCUCUCUCUCUCUUUUUUUUUUUCUCCUCCUUUUCUUACUCUUGUAGUUGGUGGAUUUUAAAAAGACAUUUAACCCUCAGAGGUUUGUCCUGGAUGCUUUUUCUUUCUUUCUUCCCCCCCCCCCCCUUGUUUCCCCCCUUCCUGAUCUUUUUUAUGGUUUAACAGCCAGAGGUGCUGUGCUAAAUUCUUGGAAGGGGCCCGGAUGUACUGAGGAUGCAUUGCAAUUUCACUAAAGGAGGCAGUAGUGGAAAGGAUCAGUUUUUGGUGUUUGAUGCAAUAAUGGGAAUCAGGUAAUAAUAAAAGAGGAAAUUCUGCAGCUCCAUUCUUCCUUGAAUUUUACCAAGCCGAUUUGCAGAGGGAUUAAUCUGGACUCAUUUUAAAUGGUCAAUGAAAACAAGAGGAUGUACAUUCCAGAAGAAAACCACCAAGGUUCCAACUAUGGGAGUCCCCGUCCAGCUCAUGCCAACAUGAAUGCCAAUGCAGCUGCAGGGCUUGCCCCAGAGCACAUCCCUUCCCCGGGGGCAGCUCUGUCCUGGCAAGCUGCGAUUGACGCUGCCAGGCAGGCCAAAUUGAUGGGUAGUGCUGGCAAUGCAACAAUAUCCACGGCUAGCUCCACACAGCGAAAACGGCAGCAGUAUGGAAAACAGAAAAAACAGGGUACCACCACAGCUACGCGUCCUCCCCGGGCACUGCUGUGUUUAACACUGAAAAAUCCCAUCCGGAGGGCAUGCAUCAGCAUCGUCGAAUGGAAAUAUCCUUUUUAAUGUUCUCAUUUGGAAAACAGCAAGUUGUUAGUGUGUAUCAGACUAUUCAUAAGUGUGGAGAAAUCAAUAUAUUAAGUUGAAAGGUACCGCUGGGAGCCUAAAGUACACAAGUAGUAUUUGACAUCUUAAUUGCAAUCACUUAUGCUGGGGGAAAAAAUGGUUUAGGACUGAAGCCUUACCCAUACUAGUGUGUAAGAAGCCACCAGAAGUUUAAAUCGCAUAAAGGUUAAGGAUUAAAUUCUGCCCUUGCACAAACAUGUGCAGCGCAAGCUGAAGCUCAUGGGAGAGAUGCAAGAUAUAUCCAGGUACAUAUUCUAAAGCCAGAAUUGAACUGACUCUAUGGGACUGACAGCAGCUUCUGGCUUUCUUUUCUGUAUAGUGUAGAAAACGGGGUGGCAUGUGUUUAACAAAAAUGUCUAUGAUUCAGAAUACCAGAGCUGUUUAACUUGUGGCACCUCUGCAAAAAAGGGAGUGGGAUAGAAAAAACUGUAUGUGAUAAAACCCUGAAAUAGGGCUAAGCUCUGUUAAUUAUAUUGGAAUUCCAUUGAAACCAAUAACACUCAGUAAUGGUAAGAUAAAGCUUCUGAUUAUCUGGAAGUAGGGAAAGAGAAAGACAGUUAAAGUAAUCCUGCAACAUGUACAAAUGCAGUAGGGGGCCAGAUCUAGUAGUCUGAACAAGAAGCAGACUGUGUCACAGAUGAUAGAUGAUAACCACUGACUGAGAGCUGCAGAAUGCAGGGGUCAGUUCUGCUUCUUUGGGAAGUCAGUGAGAGUCUGGCCGUUGACUUCAUCAAGUGAAGGAGCAAAGCUGCUUUAGUCAGCAAAGUCAAAGGAGCACAAACUUGAAUUUUACAAUUUGGUAUGAAAUACAAGCUGAAAUAAAAAUACCUCCCCCUGCCUUCCCAGAGAAACUAAAACUAACCCUGAACAGUAACUGUCAGUAAAUCACAAGCUAAUGGUGUUCUUCAGUAAAUGCAAAAGAAAAAGCGUGUUGCUAGGGAAAGAUAAGUAAUUUAAGGGAAGGCAGUAGAGAACUCAGCAGUAGUUAAUAUGAUUAAAAAAUGCGUGAUAGUAUUUAAGACAAUAUGAUAAUAUUGUUUCUUUGGGGAUCUGGUGGGACAUUAGAAAGAUGAAAACAGAAUGAGUGUAUUAGGCCUUGCUGACAUGGACAUCUUCUUCCAAAGAAGAACUUGUUAAAAAUGCUCUUGACAAUUCUUUGAUGUCCUUAAAGUACGUACCUGCCUAUUUCUUUCUUCUUUGGAUGCUAAUUUUUAAUCCCCUUGAUUAGGUUUAUUACUUUCUAUCUCUUCUGGCACAGCCCUGAUACUUUAAGCAUAAGAUGAUGGAUGAUGACUAACAGGACAAAGCUGAAUAUUGGUUUACUUGCCAGCACCUCAGUAACCACAUGUCUUUAGAGAAAGAGCACAGGGUGACAUUUGAUAAAUGAAUAAGAUCAGCAAUGAAUGAUGGGAAUGAUGUGCUGUAAAACAGGAUACAGCACUACUGAGAUCAAGAGAGGACCAAACAAUGUGAUUAAAGCAAUCCAAACAUGCUGGUGCUUGCAUUUUUUUGUAUUUAUUUGGUUUUAGAUGAGUUUGUGGAAAUAUAUAUUUUUUUUCCUGUCAGAACCACUCAUUGAACAUUUAGUGUUUAUAAGCAUGGAACACUUCAAUAACAAAUAACAUCAUCAAAGGGCUGUGAUAAGAUUUAAUUUUUUUGUACUCUGACUUUUCCUAAUUGCUAAAAAUAACUGAGAAAAGCUGAGCUUAAUUUUCUGAACAUCUAAAUUCUAAGCACAGUGGACACUAAACGAAUAUCAAAUGGCACUUCUGCAGUGUUUCAUACCCAAACGGUAUGGUGUUAAGAGCUUGGAAGUGCAACUAUGUAUAUGUUUACAUACAUUAUAUAAAGUGAAAUGAAGUAAUUACCUUAUUUUGCAAAGAUUUACAUGUGUAUUUAAUUUUCUGCUAUGCCUGCAAUGUCUUUGCGGAUUUUAUACCAUUUUAUCUUUACAAUGUAAGAGGUUUAGAAGGAAAAAAGCCAUGAACAGUGAUAAGUUUAUAAAAAUAAUAUUCUUGUUG